CAUGCGCAUUCAAGCAGGCGCUGUCAAACCGCAGAAACGAAACCAUUCGUGUGAAAAAACUGCCUCAUGAAGUUGUGACCGAGCAGGUAGAUUUUCCAUCCGUGGGCUCUCGGCUAGGGGCUUGUUGAACAAGAAAAACUCAUAAAAAACAUGUUUGGGAAGAAGAAAAGAGCACCUAUGCCCAAAGGCCAGGGCGCCGCUGCGGCCAAGCAGAUGGGUCUGUUUGUAGACAUGGACCCCGAGGAGAUGAUGAUGGGCAUGGAUGAGGAUCUGGAGGCUGAACUUGCUGCAAUUACUGGAAAUAAAGCUGCUGCUGGAGGAAGAGCCAAGCCCAAGGGCAGGAGCCCCCUGCCCAUGGAAGACAUCGCAAGAAUGGCUGACGAUUGUAUGAGAGAUCUGGAUGAGGAUGACGACGAUGACAACGUUGAAGAUGAUGAAGAUCUGUUGGCUGAACUCCAGGAAGUGGUGGGUGAGGAGGAAGCUGAGGAUGCGGUAACAAUUUCCUCUAUAUCCUCUGCCACCGCUGAAUCUUCUCAAGCAGAACAGCCAGAGUCCCCAGCUGCACAGCAGCGGGAAGUGAAGGUCUCCUCAGCAGCACCUGGCAGCCUCCAACAUACCAUCGAAGAGCGAGUGGCUAUGUACAGGACAGCGCUGCAAAAUGCCAAGACUGCAGGGGAGACGUCCAAAGCCAGGAGAUACGACCGCGGCCUCAAGACACUUGAGUCCAUGCUCGCGGCUGUGAAAAGAGGGAGACCUGUAAACGAAGCAGAGAUCCCUCCACCUGUCGCCACUGGAGCACCCAGCGCUGCCCCUCGGCCCCCUGUUCCUGCGAGGCCCCCUGUUCCCGCGAGGCCUCCUCCCCCGGUACCGUCGCCUCCUGAAAGGACUCGGCAGGAGCAGUCGGACGCUGCAUCUCCACCUGACAUUAUUACACCCAACAGUGAAGAGGAGCAGUCUUCCUCUGCUACACUCACUCCGAGCAGCCUCCCAUCGCCUGAGGAGCUCACUAAGGAAGCUGCAGACGUCACACAGACCACCCAGGCAGAUGUGAGCGAGGCGUCCAAGACGAUGCUUUUGGAGAGGCAGAAGGGAUACAAGUUGGCAGCUCUGAGAGCCAAGAAGCAAGGAGAUAUGGAUCAAGCUAAGCUUUACUUCAAGACCAGCAAGAGGUUCGAUGCAGUGAUUGAGGCGUUGGAAAAAGGACAAGCAGUUGACCUCAGCGGCCUUCCACCACCUCUGGAACAAGGUGCAGGAGGAAGCUCCGCUCCAGGGAACAAAUCUUCCUCCGGGCAAAACACACAGCCUGCUCAACCAGUUGCAGCUGCUCAAGCCCCGGCUGCCCCAUCGGCGCCUUCAGCUCCCAAAGACGUGCUGGAGGCUCUCGAACAGAGACGAGCCAAGUACGUGGAGGCGUCCGCUCAGGCCAAAGCCAGCGGAGACGACCGAAAGGCCCGAAUGCAUGACCGUAUCGCCAAGCAAUAUCAGAGUGCCAUUCGAACUCACAAAGCAGGAAAAGCCGUGAACUUUGAUGAGCUGCCAGUUCCCCCUGGCUUUCCUCCAAUCCCCGGCCAGAAGGUGGAAGGAGCUGAGCAAGGGUUUAUUGCUGCUCUGGAGGCAGCCAACAAACUCGCUUCUACUGAUGUUUCUGAAGAGGGGGGUGAAGAAGAGGAGAAGGAUGAAGAGUCAAAGCCUGCCGUUCCACAAAAGCCCAAAAAGCUCAUGCUAGACGUCCCAACGGCAGGUCAGGGACAAAAAACCUCUCCAUCACCUUCCCCUGAAAGAGCAGCUCAGAGGGAGGGACUGUCACCAACAGCUGUUCAGCAGCUGGAGUUCCUGGAGAGUCGGAAGAAGCAGUACAUGAAGGCGGCUCUGCAGGCGAAGCAGAAGAACGACCUGGAGCAGGCAAAGGUUUUUCUCCGCACCGCAAAGGGCUUGGACCCCAUGAUCGAGGCGGCGCGCGGUGGAAAAACUGUGGAUAUCAGCACGGUCCCGUCUCCUCCAGGUGACGAAGAGGAUGACUUCAUCCUGGUUCAUCACAGCGACGUGCAGAUUUCAGAGAAAGCGGAGCAGGUUUACACGCAGCUGGCCCACAUCCUGAAAGAGCAGUACGAGAAAUGCUUGACUCAUUCCAAGCAGUUUACACAUCUGGGGAACGUAUCUGAAACAACCAAGUUUGAGAAAAUGGCAGAAAGUUGUAAGAAGAACAUGGAUAUCCUGAAGCUCGCUCAGUCGAGGGGUCUGCCUCCUCCCAAGCACCACUUUGAGGAGAGAUCAUUUCACACCGUAAGAAUAUUUCCAGAUCUGAGCAGCACUGACAUGGUGGUUGUCAUCGUGAAAGGCAUGAAUCUUCCUGCUCCCAGCGGAAUCCAAUCAAAUGACCUGGAUGCCUACAUCAAAUUUGACUUCCCUUACCCGAGCACGGAGCAGCCGCAGAGACACAAAACUACCGUUGUCAAGAACACUAACUCUCCAGAAUACAACCAGAGCUUCAUGCUGUCCAUCAACCGUAACCACCGCGGCUUCAGGAGAGUGGUGACGUCUAAAGGACUGAAACUGGAGCUGCUGCACAAAGGAGGUUUCCUGCGGAGCGACAAGCCGAUCGGGACUUCCCUUGUGAAGCUGGACAAACUGGAGACGCAGAGCGAGAUCAGGGAGAUCGUAGAGGUGAUGGACGGCCGUAAGCACACAGGAGGUCGUGUGGAAGUGAAAGUGCAACUACGGGAGCCCCUGAGCGGUCAGGACAUGCAGACGAGCACAGAGCGCUGGCUGGUGAUCGACUCGUCACAGGUCCAUGUCUAGAUGCUGCUGCCAAAUGAAUCACGAGAUAAAGAUGAAAAGGCACUCAAUCAAAAACACUCAAGAAGAAAAGGAAUAAGAGGUGGAGCAAUGGUUUGGAUCUGUCAAGGACGGUCAGUUUGGCCUGAACUGGUCUUUUGACCGCUUGAAACUUUUGCACAUUUGCACGGCACACAGCAGUCCACCAGGGGGAGACGUGGAGCGAGUCCACUGCAGGCCUCUGGUUUGUGUAGGGAGACAUCUUCAUCUGAAGAUGUGCUGAGGGAUUGGUUACCAGGCAUCAGGCAGACUUGAGGCCAACAAGCUGGAAAAAAUAAAUAAAUCUUAAAAUCAGAUAAGAAAAAUGACGGCAACGAUAACGGCUAAACAGUUUCCUGUUGCGUACGUGGGGCUCCUGGAGGAUGACGGUGUGUCCUCUGCUAACUAUGAAGGCCUCGGUGUUGAGACCCUGAAUCCUGCUGCCUGGUAUAACUUUAGUUAGUAUAAUAUAUCAAAGAACCUGUACAUAUUCCUCAUCUUAUUACAGCUCUGGUAUAUAGAAAUACACCUAUGCACUAAUACCAAAGUAAUCAAAGUUGCUGUAGGAUCCUGCAAAUUUGAAAUCGCCUUAGCUGCCAAACCUGUUACACUGACAUGAGAGGUUCAUGUGUUUCUGCAGGCUGUUGGGAGUUUUCACUGAUUUCACACAACUAGUUUGGAUUUAACUACUGGAAUAUAAGACGGGUGCAGCGUCACAGAUGUUUUACGGAAAUAAUGAUAAUGCUACACGAGGUACGAUUGCAUUAUUUCCAAAACCACACCUUUUUUUGUGUUUUGUUUUUUGUAGCACCUUGCAUUUGGAUCUAUAGGAACGCCGGCGGCCACUGAACUGCACACUCGCCUCUGUGGUUUCAGCUGGGUUAGAUCCUUUUAUUUACUGAACAUAUAUAACCUUCAGAAUUGGUCUUUUCUCCGAAGGAAAAUCCAUCAUAAUAUAUGCAGAUGUUGGGGAGGACGAUAAAAGGAAUUAUUUAUUGAGUAAAUGUCUGAGCGGCGACUCCGUGUACUCAGGCAGGUUAAUGGAAAAUAGCUUAAUUAACGAAAAAGAGUGACAAGGAGACUUCAUGGACAGUUCUGAACUAAAUUCAUGCAAAAAUAAAAUUCAAAUUUGACACAGGAAGUUUACAUGUAACUAAUUAAGUUUUGGGUGUUCUGUUAAGAACAUUUAGAGCCUUAAAGUAAGUUGGUUAAUGCUUUUAACUCUGCUUACAGCCAUGCAAAGCUAAGAUGACUUUACAGUAAGAAAUGAAGCUACAAUAGGAAUAUCAGUCUCACGUAAUUCUCUACAAGAAUGUGUGAAGACUUUUUAAACUAUGCGCCGGUCUUCCCACGUGGUGGACGUGGACUGUUGGUCAGGAGUGUUUUUAAAGGGUCAUUUCACUCAAGUUACAAAAAGGGGAGACAAAAGUCUGAAUUUCUCACGCUUUGAAGCUAACCAUCUCAGAAGUUUUUUUCUUUUAAACACAUUUUUCCAGAAAUAUAAAGUUGUCUCUGGAGUUCAGACGGGCCAGACUUGCCAAGUCGUUUCCUCUUUGAUGCAACGAUUUAGUGUCUCCUCUGGGUUCAGCUUCGAUUUUCAGGCGGUGGUAUCAACUGACGCCGAAGCAGCUUCUUCUGGAUGUCGUCGGAUAGAUAUACAACCAGAAAAAUGAAGCAGCAACCAGAACGGUGUGUGUAAAGCCCCCACACUAUUGUGAUUGGUUCGGUACAUUGUGUACCAGUGGAAAUGGCUGCCAAUGGGAGGGAUAACACAUCUAUUACAAGAUAAACGAGCCGUCACCUGCAGUAGAAAUAAAAGUGCUGGGAUGUUCUCUGAUUGAACUGACCCUUUAAGAUUUUGAAGAAGCCAUAAUAAGACACUGAGCCAAGUGCAUAAAUCUCACCUUUCCUCGUGUUUACCUCAAACCUUUACCACGGUCACAACAUUUCUUUGUUUUAUUCUGUUUGAAAAUUUUAAAACGGUCAUUCUUCAGUUGUAAUAUUUCAUUGACCUGUGUGUUUACAAACAUCAGAGAUGUCAUGUUGUUUCCAGAAAUGGCCUAAAAUCACCUGUAACAGAAUCUGACUGUUUUAAUUGUUGACUGAAGAUGCUGAACAUUCUGACAUUUACAAUUAAAUAUCUUGUUUAAAUUUGA